AUGUUUUAAAGAUUUGAUCUUAACUGUUCACAGAUAACAUGUCGGAGUCAGUGGGCAUACCUGCAACAUGUUAAAUUAAUCAAGAACCAGGAACAACACAGAGUGAUCUUCUAGCUGCCAAGAUUACUCUCUGAUCCACCAUGCAUGAUGCUUAUGAGGCACGUCCUAUCUUGGAGAAGCUUCCUCUACCUAUAGAAUCAAUAGCCUGCCAUGGAGAUCAAUUGCUUGUGGGAACAAAACCAGGACACCUUCUGGUAUACAGCAUCACAGGAGGGCAAUUGGGUACAUUUAAAGUGGAUCUCCUCAAGUCUUUCAAGUCAUUUUCUAAGAAGCCAAUUCAACAACUGGAAUGCAUUCCGGAGAUGCAGAUUGUCAUUAGUCUUUCAGAUGCUGUUAUUAACGUGCAUGAGCUGAAUCAUUUCACAUCAAUCACAAGCAUUGCCAAAACCAAGGGAGCUACCCUAUUUUCUACAUACAUGCAGAAAGUGAAUAUUGGAGGAGGUGUCCAGUUUACUUUGAAGCUAUGUGUAGCUGUCAAAAGAAAACUUCAACUAUUCAUCUGGAAAAAUAGAACAUUUGAAGAACUCAAGCCUGAUCUAGGAGUUCCCGAUGUUCCGAAAGCUAUGUCAUGGUGUGAAAACUCCCUCUGUGUUGGCUUCAAAAGAGACUACUUUCUCAUCAAUAUUGACAAUGGUCAGCCCAAGGAUCUGUUCACAACAGGUAAUGCUUCUCAAGCUGAACCCACCGUCACCAAACUUUCUGAGGACAUGCUUGCCCUGGGAAGGGAUAACAUGAGUAUUAUCAUCGAUUCAGAGGGACAACCAGCCAAAAAAUAUGCCCUUACUUGGUCAGACAUUCCAUUAGUAUUAGAACAUGACCAGCCAUAUAUCAUCGCUGUGCUUCCAAAGUAUGUAGAAGUGAGAACUGUUGACCCAAGGUUACUAGUACAGAGUAUAGAAGUAGACAAACCAAAGUACAUUACACAAGGAAGUGGUCAUGUGUAUGUAGCAUCUAAUAAUUUCAUCUGGAGGUUAGAGCCUGUUCCAUUGCCGAGACAGAUUCAACAACUAGUAGAUGACAAACAGUUUGAAUUAGCCCUCCAUCUUGCUUACAUGACAGAUGAGGUAGAGGCUGAUCGACAGAGGAGAAUACAGCACAUUCAGAACCUAUAUGCCUUUGAGCUGUUUCAGCAACACCGCUUUGAAGAGUCUAUGAAAAUGUUUGCCAAACUAGGAACAGAUCCAGCGCAGGUGAUUGGUCUCUUCCCAGACCUUCUACCCAAGGAGUAUAGACAGGUGUUACAGUACCCCAGCACACCUACAGAGCUUGGUGGAGCUGAACUAGAGAAAGGUCUGACUGCCUUGGUAGAGUAUCUUACCCAGAAGAGACAAGACCUUGCCAAGGAAUCCUCUCAACAGACUGCAGCCACGCCUUCAACUAUCUGCGAGGGAUCAAAGAUAGUAACUUCAAGAAGACAAAGGAGUCUCAUCAUCGACACAACUCUGCUCAAAUGCUAUCUACAGACCAACGAUGCCCUAGUAGCUCCACUACUUAGAUUGAAAGAUAACAACUGCCAUCUAGAGGAGAGUGAAAGGGUACUGAAAAAAUACCAAAAGUACAGUGAACUUAUUAUUCUCUAUGAGAAGAAAGACCUUCAUAAGAAAGCUUUGGACCUGUUACUGCGUCAAUCACAAAAACCAAACAGUUCCCUCAAGGGUCAUGAAAGGACAGUAUCCUACCUUCAAAGGCUAGGCAAAGAACACUUCAAUCUCAUCUGUGAAUAUGCUCAAUGGGUGCUCAAAACAUAUCCUGAAGAUGGGCUAAAGAUAUUCACCGAGGAUAUUCCUGAAGUAGAAGGGUUACCGAGGGAUCAAGUCCUGGACUACCUGACGACAGUAGCUAGUAAUCUAUCUGUACCAUACCUAGAGCAUAUCAUACUCAACUGUUCAGACGAGACUCCAGAAUUCCACAACAGGCUUGUCAAUCUCUACAAAGACAAGAUACAGGUUCUUAUGGAAGACUACAGACAGACACUUCCAGAAGGUCAGUCAUUUGUCAGAGCCGGUACCGAGCCUGGUGAACUAGGUGCAAUGAGAAAGAAGCUUCUCUUCUUCCUUGAGACGUCACAAUAUUACAGACCGGAGAGACUCCUAACUAGGUUCCCUUUUGACAGUUUCUUUGAGGAGAGAGCUCUAUUGCUUGGUAGAUUAGGAAGACACGAGCAGGCUUUAGCUGUCUACGCACAUAUACUCAAGGACACAAGACAAGCUGAAGAGUACUGUCGAAGAACGGCCAUGAUCAGUCGAGAAAGUGAAACAGAUGUUUAUCUUAGUCUUUUCCAAACGUACAUCAAACCGCCAGACCCAGAGUCCAUGCGAUUGAUGAUGCAGAAUACACCAGCUCCAGAACCAAACAUAAAGGCUGCCCUCAAUGUCCUAGAAAUUCAUCAUGACAAGAUUGAUACUGCCAGGGCUCUUGAGAUGUUACCUGAUACCAUCCAAGUGAGAGAUAUAUGUGGUUUCCUCGAGAAGGUGAUGGAAGGAAAGGCCAUUCAGAAGAGAGAUAGUCAAGUCCUUAAGAGUCUCUUCUACUCAGAAAACUUACAGGUAAGACCCUCUUAUUAAAAAAAUGAAGUGGUCAGAUGUGGCUAAAGCAGAUAAAAAAUCCUUUGGAAAUUUAUUGUUAAGACUUUAUGAUUGCUCUUUGGCCCUAAAAUUGAUUUGCAGUUGAUUGAUUGCAAGUCAAAGUCCUCUAUAUUAUGUUUUUCCGAAGGGAGACAUUGUCCUUUGAACACAGUAUGAACAAAGAAUUACUUAGGUAAUCUGAAAGAUAACAUUUAUUAGUAUUGUUAAAUCAUUCCUUGAAACAGUAAAAAAAAAAAAUCUUGGAUGAAUCCUUGAAAUAUUUUGGCUAUGGAAUUAACCUGUAAACUGCAGAUGUCUUCAUACCCAUAUUGCUUCAAUAAUUUGUUAUCACUCAUGGUUAAUACGAAUAUAGCCUGCAAUGAGAAAUAGCAUUACAUUCAGUCAUUCGCAUAGAACAACGCUUCUUUUUUAAUAACCUCUUUAAUCAGUCAUUCCCGAAAUGGAGCAAAUGAUGUGGUAAUUCUACCUACCCACAUCAUUACCAUUAUCACUGGUAUAUCUGCAUUUGACUUUAGAAUAAAUAUUGUGACAAUGUUGUAUUGUGUCUGAUCAAUGGUUUGUGGUGAUGGAUGUUGGAGAUGAUGUACUGUACAACAAACAAAUGUGUAGAUGGUGAUAUGAUGUCUGAGGGAUGGGAUGGGAAUCAAGGGGUAAGAUGGAAGAAACAACAUCACAAUUAUUAUUUAAAGGGGAAGUUCACUCUGACAAAAAAUUGUUUAAAAAAAGUUGUACAAAUUGUAAAAUAGCAGAAAAAAAUAUUGCCGAAGGUUUGAAAAAAAUCCAUUAAGAAUAGAAUUCUAAUUAUUUGAUUUGUGAGGUCAUAUGCGAGCAUCUUUCCAACAUAUCGUAUGGUUAAAAAUCAAUGAAAAGCAAAUUUUCUCAGAAAAUUGGAAGAGGUUGUUACUAUACCUUCAGUAUAUCAAUAAACAAAUAAUUUCACACCCUUUUCUGAAAAGAAAACAAAAAUAAUUCAUCACAAAUCAUUAAAAAUUAAAAAUUUAUGCAUUUUAUAUUACAUAACAUAUGGGGCAGCUGCUCAUUAAUGAUGUCACAAAUCCAAAACUCAAAACCCUUUAAUGGAAUUUCCUCAAAUCUUCAGUAAUUUUUUUUCUGCUAUUUUUACAUAAACUUUUCUUCAGGGUGAACUUUCCCCUUAAAUGAAAGAAAAUAAUUUUCAUAGCAUGUGCAUCUUGUAAGGGAUGAAGUGGAUUCAAUCUAAAGUUUUAUGCAUGAAUGUACAUCUAUAUACUGCCAUUAUACUAUUGUAAGAUUAGGUUUAAAGGGGCAUUGACUACACUUGCUUGAAAGAAAAUUAACCAGUUUGCAUUGGAAUUUAUGUGACGGAGCAUAUCAUUGAAUAGUUAGACAGAAAGAGAAGUAAUGGGAAAUGUUGGAGAAGGAAAAGAAAGAUUUGAAAUUUACUUACCCAACAAGAAAACUGACCUACAUGCUCUUUGGGAAUGCCAUAUUAAACAUGACAAUUAUGAGCAGUAUUAUGCCUUUUCUUUAUCUGUAAUGUAUAUUUGCAUUACUAGCUCAAUCUGUGUUGAUAUGUACAGGUAGGAAAACUCUGUCAGAUGUCUACAUGUAAUUGACUAACCUGUAUUUUUGUACUUGCUUGCAAGCAAAAUCAGGUUUCAAAAGGCAAUAAGAAUGCAGUAUUGGAGAAAUAUUGUACAAUUUAAAAAGAAAGCAAUUCCUAGAGCAAGAAGACAAUUAACCUCAGUAAAAAUAAAUAAAUAAAUGAAUAAAAGAUAUACCAAGCUCAGUAAACCUUAGGUCAACAAUAAUUGGAAUUUGUUGCAUAUACAUGUAUAUUCAAGCCAGGCAAUGAAAACAUAGUGAGUUUAUGUGAUGGAAUGGAUUGAAGACUCAAAGGAGAUUUUGGAGUUGAGCUUCUUUUUCUUCCUGUUGGGCAAGUGCAAUCAACUAGCGUAUUAUCAUGUCACGUUUACUUUAAGGGAAGCUGAAAGCGUUGCAGUAGUGUAUUUAUUGAUUUUUAUUUUUUUUGUUAUGGUACCAAAUAAUGAAUGCAAAUAAAAUGAAUACACAGUGCUGCUGUUUAGGCUGAGUUGUGUACACUUUAUUAUUAGAUGGUGAAGAAACCAUUGAUGCAUAAAGUUUUUAUUCCAGCUUCACCAACUGAAUCAAAGUAGGCCUGGUUCACAUACUACAUACAAACUAAUUCUGGCAGCUGGUGAAGUGAUUCAAAAUCCAUAUUUUUUAUAUUUUAUUGUUCGAAAUAGACAUGAAAUGAAAUUCUCCAAAAAUUUGUUUGCCCAAUUGAUCGUGGGCCCGGCAGCCGCUGUGUAGCGCCAGAUCGACGAAGCUCUAUCCCUUUAAUCAUUGAAUGCCAAACAGGGUAGCAGCAACUCCCAUCUUUUAACGUCUUUUGGUCUGACGCAGCCGGGGUUUGAACCCCCGACCUCCGGUUGUGAGACGGAUUCUCUACCAACUGAGCAAACACACCGGUGUUAGUUUAAUUUAAAUAAUUAAAUUUUUAAAUUUAAUUCAAUUCAUGAAUUGAAUAUAAUAUGACACAUACAUUUAAUUCAUGAAUUGAAUAUGAUAUAACACAUGAAUUAAAUUUAAUUCAUAUGUGUAUUC